AGGGCUCUUCCCACACAAGAAGCGUGUCCCUCACAACACCAUAACAAAGUCGUCACACAUUACCUGCCAUAUUCCCCCCUUCCCUUCUUCCCUUCUCUCUGAUCUCUUUUUCUUCUGGGAUUCAAAUCAACAGAGCUCAAAAAUGGGGCUUCACCCAGUGUCGGAGGCGACUGAGCAGAGCCCCUUCGGCUCUCUCUCCGCCGAUGAAUUCUACAACCGCCACUCUGUUAGCCACUCCUCCGCCUUUGUCACCAAUCCUCGUGGCCUCAAGCUCUUCACCCAGUGGUGGUCUCCACUUUCCGGCCGACCCCUUGGCUUGGUGGCCGUCGUCCACGGCUUCACCAGCGAGUCAAGCUGGUUCCUCCAGCUCACAUCUGUCCUCUUCGCCAAAUCCGGCUUCCUCACCUGCGCCAUCGACCACCAAGGCCACGGCUUCUCCGACGGCCUCAUCACUCAUAUCCCCGACAUCAACCCUGUUGUCGACGACUGCAUCUCCUUCUUCGACGAUUUCCGUAGCCGCCACGUGCCUCCCCACCUCCCCUCCUUCCUCUACUCAGAGUCACUCGGUGGUGCCAUCGCUAUCUACAUCACUCUCCGCCAGAAAACCCUAUGGGACGGACUCAUCCUCAAUGGGGCCAUGUGUGGGAUCAGCCCCAAGUUCAAACCUCCAUGGCCAUUGGAGCACCUCCUCUCACUCGUCGCCACCCUCGUCCCCACUUGGCAUGUCAUCCCCACCCGUGGCUCCAUCGCCGGUGUGUCCUUCAAGGAACCGUGGAAGAAGAAACUCGCUCUGGCUAGCCCUCGGAGGACUGUGGCUCGACCACGUGCCGCCACCGCCUAUGAGCUCAUGCGUGUCUGCAGGGAUCUGCAGGGGCAGUUCCACGAGGUUGAGGUUCCUUUCCUGAUCGUCCAUGGUGGCGAUGACGUGGUCUGUGACCCGUCCUGCGUGGAGGAGCUUCACCGGCGAGCCAUGAGCGUUGAUAAGACCAUCAAGAUCUAUCCUGGGAUGUGGCAUCAGCUCAUCGGAGAGGCUGAGGAAGACGUCGAUAAGGUUUUCGCGGACAUUUUGGAUUGGCUAAAUACUCGAACUGAGACUGUCGCUGUCGAUGGUGGCGCUUAGGCCUCUGAAGUAUAUCAUGAAACAAAUAAUCAAUCAACAAUGGGCAUUCGUCAAUUUGCGUGAAACUUUCCGAGAACUUUGUAGGCGAGAAUAUAAUAUAAAAAUAAUAAAGGAAAAAGGAAAGGUCUUUGCAAUA